CUCGAGUUGACUCAAGUAAUAGCCUAUUGUAGAAAGAAAAGGCAAAAGGACAAAGAAGAGAGAGCUUAAAAGCUUCGCUCACACUCUCUUCUUCUUACUCUGUAUUUCUUUUGUUCUUGUUCAUGGCGAGCAGAAGCUGGCUCAUUGACAGUAGAUCAAUUGCAAAGAAAGUAAAAAACGCCAUUCAAAUCACUGACCCUGACUGUGGAGCAAAUCGUGAAUGUCCGAACUGUCAUUGCCGUAUUGAUAAUAGUGAUGUUUCGCCUCAGUGGCCUGGCCUUCCAAUUGGAUUGAAAUUUGAUCCCUCCGAUAUCGAGCUUUUAGAGCAUUUAGCUGCCAAAUGCGGCAUCGGAGACUUAAAACCACACCCCUUUAUCGACGAGUUUAUCCCCACACUGAACGAGGAUCAAGGAAUCUGUUACACUCAUCCUCAAAAUCUCCCUGGUAAGGGUCCAUGCCCGACAUAUUCGAGUCUUAUAAUGGUUUACAAUUUUGAUUCUGAUGAUCAUCUUCAUUUUUUUUUUGCAGGUGUAAAGAAAGAUGGGAGUAGUAUCCACUUCUUUCAUCAAACCAUCAAUGCUUAUGCUACUGGUCAGCGAAAGCGCCGCAGGAUCCAGAACCGACAUAGUACGAUCGAGGAGCAUGUUCGAUGGCAUAAGACCGGAAAGACCAAACCUGUCAUAGAAAAUGGAGUUCGCAAGGGCUGGAAGAAGAUCAUGGUUCUCUAUAAACGUUCGAACCGAGCUCACAAGCCCGAAAAGUCGAAUUGGGUGAUGCAUCAGUACCAUUUAGGGGCUGAAGAAGUAGAAGUUGGUGGGGAAUAUGUGGUUUCUAAAAUUUCAUAUCAACAACCAAAACAGACCGAUAAGAAUGAUGGCGUUACUAGGAUGGAAGAUUCAGAUAACUCGAUGAUUCGUGCGAGUCCAAGGACCCCGAAAACGAUGACUCAGAGUCCACCUCGGCCAUGGGAAUCAAUGAUAUAUGAAGAUGACAUUGACGAAAAGGUGCACCAGGAAUCAAAAUUUGCUGCACAAGGAUCUAAUCUACCGAUCCAGGGUGUUGAAUGUGAGGAUCAUUUGGAGUAUCCAUUAUGGUUGGCUGGGGAAUCUCAGGCUGCUGUAAAUUCCGAGAUGAAUUGCUUGGAUAAUUCUUCUCUGCAGGUAAAGAAUUCGGUAAAGGAUCGAGUCUCGUACGCCGUUCAUGAUCCUGGCACGAUGGAGAUGUCGGCCGGAAACAAAGAUACAUGCACUUGCGGAAUUUCCGAGCUUGAGAACUUGGAAUUUGAUACACCACCAGAUGUGCAACUAUCUGAUCUACAAUUUGAUUCCCAGGAAAGCAUAAGUUCAUGGUUAGACCAGGUAUGAGGAGGAUGUUGCAGAGGUGAAGUACCCCAAUGACAAAGUCAAAGUUUUCGAGCUCCUUGAAUCUCUUUCAUGGCUGUUUGAGGCUCUUGAAGUUGUUCAUCCCACCGGCACUGCCGGACUGCUCUCCUACGUCAGUUUCCGAUGAUAUGAACUCCAAUUCUAUGUCAAAUGUUAAAGUUUCAUUCUUGUAUUGUGUGUGCGAACAAAUACUAUAAAAUAUAUGAACACAAUUCGAAUAUAGAAUUAUCGCGCUGAAUGAUCUCAAUUAGAGUAUAAUCUUGUUUAGUCGAACAAGCUUGUUAAAUUGGAGGAUCUCAAUUAAAUUAGAUUAAUCAAUUAAUAUUAGGACUAAAAAAAUUUAAUAUUAAUCGUUGAGGAGUUCAGCUUUCUUGAAAGAAGUUUCAAAGUGCUACCUAUUGUACAACUAGUCGAUUCCAACAAUAGUUUGAUAUUGUAUCCA